UAAAGAAGAUGAUUUUGGUAGAUUUGAAAUUUAUAGCGGCGUCAAAUCUUAUAUUGGUGAUUCCUUAAAUAGCAUAGAAAUUAAUAAUAGUUCUAUUUCACAAACAUCCUUGCCAUUAAAUCAAAGGGAGUAUUGGGAUUGUCCUGGUUUUGAAGAUUCACGUGGCUAUGAGCAAAAUAUUAUAAAUGCCUAUUCGAUUUAUGCGUUAACUAAAAGUAUCAAAAAUAUUAAGGUUUUAGUUGUUGUUUCUGAAAAUACAAUUAUUGAAAGAAGGUUAUGCUUGGUGAUAACGCAAAACAAAAGACUUGAUUUGAAAAAAGUGAGAAAUAGAUUAUGCAAAACCCUUAUAGAACGAGAUAAUCUAGAAAGUUUCAGUUUAUCCCAAAGAAAAAUACUCAACUUUUUAUCCUCUGAUAGAAGUCAAAUUGCCUUUUUCAACGCUCCAUGUAAAGAAGGGUUAAUUCCUGAUACAGACAAAUUUGAAAUCUUAGAUUGUAUAGAAAAAAUUUCUUAUAUUGAAAACCUUGUACCUAGUUUUUCUUUAAGGCCGGAUGUGAAUUCACAACAAUUCAAAGAUAAACUUAGACAAGUUCUCUCAAUUAUUCAGCUCUUACGGAGAGAUGAUCUUAAAGACGAGCUUCAAAAAAAGAUUUCUCAAUUAAAUUUUAUUAAUCUUAUAAAGACAGAAUCGAUUAUUAUCCAAGGGAAUACAAGUAGCUGGUAUCACUUAAUAUCUGAACUUAUUAAUGCUAUAAAGUCAUUAACGUAUGAACCUAAAAUAAAUAACGAAGGGCAAUUAUUAACUUUCGAAGGCACAAUUAUUGGUAUUGAAGAUGUUGCUAAAAGUAUAUCUCAUACUACGGAUUAUAAAGAAAUAAAUGUGUACAGUUUAAAUACGAUAUUUAUUGAUAAAGAUAUAGAAGCACCAGGAGCCUUUCUGACAUUCAUAUCUCCUCAAUUGCGUGUUGUUGGUAAAAGAACAAUUAAUUUAAAAGGUAAAGCAGGUCCUUCACAUAAUCCACGAAAAGCUGAAAAUGGAACCAAUAAAAUAAUCAAUAAACAAGAUACAUACAAUAUAAUUAAUGAAAAUGAUACAAAAAACGAAAUUAAUGAAGAAGCAGAUAGAAGAAACAAUCAAGAUAAAUACGAUAUAAUUAAUGAAAAUGAUACAAAAAACGAAAUUAAUGAAGAAGCAGUUAAUAAAAUUAUUACCGAUGUCAAGAUAGAAGAAACAAUCAAUGAAGCUACUAAUGGAAAAGAUGUGUGUGAUAGAAUUAAUAACGAUAAUAUAAAAAAGGCAAGUUUAGAAAUGCAUGGAAAGGAUGGUUUACCUGGGCUACCCGGUUGUAACGGGGGUCAUUUCUAUGUUAAAGGAAGAAACUUUAUCAAUCUCUCUUCUUUAACAAUUGAUAUUAGUGGUGGUGAUGGUGGUAGAGGGCAAGACGGAGGUGAUGGUGCCGAAGGACAGGAUGGCGAUUAUUCCAAAAAGAAAGAAACGGUAGAUAGUAGAAAGGAAACUGCAUUAGUUUUACGGGGAAAAGUAUCAGGAACAAAAAUAGAAAAAGGACAAGAAGGCGGAAAUGGAGGGCGAGAAGGAGUGGGUGGCAAUAUAGGAAGCAGAAAAGGAAUAGAUGGGAAAGAAGGAUCACCUGGCCGUGGAGGAAAAUUUGUAGAGUACCGUGGAGUAUAUAUUAACGAAAUAGUAUUUUCUGUAUUUAGAGGUUACAAAGAAUUUGAUGCUAGAUCUAUCGAGAAAUUAAAUAGAAUAGUGACAACUACAGGAGUAUCCACAGUUACAGGAUUGACAACAGCCACAGGAAAUAUUCUAGCAGCACAAGCUAUGCUGAAAACUGUUACGAUAUCAGCGGCUAAAUUAGUCGGUAAAAAUGUAAUCCUACUUAGUCCAACAGCUAUUGCUUCAAUUUUUGCAUCAAUGGGAAUUAGCUUGGCAAUCCCGGCGGUAAUGUCUCCAAUAAGUGCUGUUUUAUCAAGCCAUUGGAAAAUCGAACCACAUAAAGUAAAUGAUAGUAAGUUUGCACCCGAUGGAAAAUCACCCAGCUCACCAAACAAUGAAAAAAUUCAGAUUAUGAUAGAUUCAAAAAAAAUUCCUUAG